CUUACCCCCAUAUUCACUACACAACCCCUUCCCCUUUCUUUAAUUUUGAUUUCAACUUUGAGUCGCCAUGGCAGCCACCACAGCCACAGCCACAGCCGCGGCCGCUGCGUCCUCAUUUAUAGGCACCCGCCUCCCGGAGGUCCACCCCGGAGCGGGCCGCGUCCAGGCCAGGUUCGGGUUCGGGGUCAAGAAAGCCCCGAAGAAAGCGGCGAAAAAGAGCUUCUCUGCAGAUAGGCCGCUGUGGUAUCCAGGAGCCCAGGCGCCCGACUAUCUGGACGGGUCCCUCGUGGGGGACUAUGGUUUCGACCCAUUUGGGUUGGGCAAGCCCGCUGAGUACCUGCAGUUUGAGCUGGACUCCCUGGACCAGAACCUGGCCAAGAAUGAGUACGGCGACAUCAUCGGAACCAGGACUGAGGUCGGGGACGUGAAGUCCACCCCGUUCCAGCCCUACAGCGAGGUCUUUGGGCUCCAGAGGUUCAGGGAAUGCGAGCUCAUCCAUGGCAGAUGGGCUAUGCUCGCCACACUCGGCGCCAUCACUGUCGAGUGGCUCACUGGAGUCACCUGGCAAGAUGCGGGCAAGGUGGAGCUGAUCGAAGGAUCGUCAUACCUGGGGCAAAAGCUGCCCUUCUCCAUGACCACAUUGAUCUGGAUCGAGGUGCUGGUGAUUGGGUACAUUGAGUUCCAGAGGAAUGCAGAACUGGACCCAGAGAGGAGGCUGUAUCCUGGUGGCCCCUACUUCGACCCCCUGGGUUUGGCCGCCGACCCAGACAACAAGGCUAGACUUCAGCUAGCUGAGAUCAAGCAUGCCCGCCUCGCCAUGGUGGCUUUCUUGGGCUUUGCAGUGCAGGCUGCGGCCACCGGAAAAGGCCCGCUCAACAACUGGGUCACCCACUUGAGCGACCCGCUCCACACCACCAUUUUGGACACCUUCGGCUUUUUCUCUUAAGCCCCUCCCCCUCUCGAGAACAGUAUUAAUUCAUUAUAUAAGGCAUACGUCCUGUCCUUCAAUGUCAUCCAACUCAUCGGGAGUUCUCGUGGUCUUGUAAAAAAAUGUAACACUGUCAUUCCAUAUCGUUAAUUAAGCAGAAGCAUCAAUCAUCACAUUCCUUAAA